GUCCGGGGCCGAUAAGUGAUCGGAUAAGUUAGUUCACAACGCCACCGCUACCCUUAUUUUCGUUGCAAUGUCAAAUGUACUUACAGUUUCCCUUCUCUAAGUGGUAGUGUGUUCUGUGCUCUGGUCGCAUACAUCAUAGAGAAACAUACGUUGGAGACGCGGUGGUUACAUUCAUUACAGAACUCUCGGUACAGUUAGAGGUGCGCUUUUCGUUCCCGGAAAGCUGGAAACUCUCUGCUAUCGUGGUAUCGCUGGUAUGAUAGUGGUGGUUUGCGAUAAACGAAGCGCGUACUACAAGGACAGCUGCACGACACUGUACUCGGCUGCCGCAACGUGUGAAGACCUUGACCGCCUACAAUGACAACAUUGAAGGAGAGCCUGCUGUAUGCCUUCUGGCGGGUGUGCGGUCUUGUCUGCUUCCACCGAGACAUGAUUAAUGCCAGGUAUCAACAGACCGAACCAGCUGUUCUUAUUGCCACUACAGCUUUGGUCACAUAUGUGGGGCAGCGUGCACUGCGUCGCCUCAUUUAUGGGGAAGGAUUCGUGCCCAAUGUCCGACGCGGCCUGCUGGCUAGCCUGCGAAACUUGCCCAUCGUUCGCAACUAUGUUCACGAGCAGUUGGACAAGAUUGCGGUAGAUGUGGAGCGGUCGCUGAACAAGUGCUACGCCCACUGCACCUUCGUGCUUGAGCUGCCCGAUAAAGGAUGGACGCCGGAGACCAUACUCGAACGGAUGGCAGAGAAUGAUUCGCUCUCUCACGUCGAGUGGAAGAAGGGGGUGGUGUCCGGCGCCAUCUAUACAGAGCACGACCCGAAGCUGGAGGGCCUCAUGGUUUCGGUCUACGAGCGACACCUUCGCUCGAACCCACUGCAUUCAGACGUGUUUGUAGGCGUGCGCAAGAUGGAAUCCGAGGUGAUACGCUGGUGCUGCAACCUUUUCCAUGGAGGACCCGAAAGCUGUGGAUCAAUGACAUCAGGGGGUACCGAGAGCUUGAUUUUGGCCUGCAAGGCUCACAGAGACCGUGGCUACUUCGAAAAAGGCAUUGUUUACCCUGAGAUGGUUAUUCCUGCAACUGCACAUGCUGGCUUUGACAAGGCAGGUGAAUAUCUGAGGAUCAAGGUAAUCCAUGUUCCAGUGGACCCAAAGACGAUGAAGGUUGACAUCCACAAAAUGAAGGCUGCCAUCACGAGGAACACCGUCAUGCUCGUCGGUUCUUCUCCUCAGUUCCCGCAUGGUUCCAUCGAUCCCAUCUUGGAAAUCGCAGAGGUGAUUAUGGUUAAACUGUGUUACCUCUCGGUGUAUUGGGCUUCCGGAUUAAUAUAAACACACAUGAAACACGGAACAACUUGGCAUUAUGGUUCAUUAGUUUUGUUAAAUUUUUAAUUUUCAAUGAAGGCAGGUGACUUGGUUUGCUAGUUGGAAGCUCAUUCAUGUAAGAAGAACAUUCAUGGAGUCAGGUCCUUUAGCCUGAAGCUGGAAGGUGUGCAUGCCCCUCGCAGGAAGGGCAGUCAAAAGUAUUUGAAAGACAAGCGUUUUCCCAGCAGACAAGAAGGCAAGUUUCGCGUUUGUCAACAAACUGGUGUGGCAUACUAUAAGGUGACAGAUACCCACGAUGAUGUUUCACUGAAAAAUUUUCAUUCAAUGCACACAAGUUGUGCAAGAGUUUGUCUAGAAAGCCUCUCUUGAAUGACUAAAGAGCGCAAAGGAAGUAAUAUUCAGCAAUUAAACGCAUAAACCAAGGUGUCCUGCAAGUCGUGAUAUCUGAAAAUGAAACCUGGCAGAAAUGCUUAUUUCUUGCAAUCGUAGUUGUUGCCUUUUAAAAAUAUUUUUUUGAUGAUGAAAUCGGAUCAAUUGUUGAAAUUCCUCAAAGACAGAAAAAUUGCCAAGCUUUCGGCAUUUUCAAUUGAUUGAAAGGACUUUUAUAAAAGCCUUCCUCAUACCUCUUUAGUGGCCCAUAUGGCCAAACGCAUUGAAUACAUGGGAACGGUAAAGUUUCAAAAUGCUACCGGGGUCAACUUUGGGAGCUGCUUUUGUUUUGUAUGAGCUCGAAUAUGCAACAUGAAAUGAAACUACAGUGAAGCAAAAAAUGACAUGUGCCCAGGAUCCGGUAUUGCUUCAUGCUUAAGUGACCUGUUUUUUGCAACUCUUGAUGAGCAUUUAAAACAAACAUGUGUUAUAGCUGUGUUUAUAUUGAUGACUAUGUAACUGAGUAUGAGUCUAACAAUCUUGACUUGGUAGUUGCAGAAACACUCCCCAUUUUUAUGGCAGAGUUAUAUUCUAUGACACUGAUGCAGGAAAUGCCGAAGGGGUCCACUUGAUAAGAUUUUAACUUAGAGUUGUACUUUUUGUCAAGUCGUCUGUACUGGCAUUGUGAACCUAGAGGCUGUACUUUUCCUGUGCAUUCGAAAUUUGUAAAGUGCAUUGAUUUAAGAUUUUUGUUAAUAAAAUUAAUUGAUGAAGUCCUGCAAUCACAA